AUGAUUGAAAAUCAUAUUUAUAAAUUCGGUACGACUGCUCUUGAUCAUAUUAGUGAAAAUGCAAUUAAUGAUCCAAUAUUGUACAUCAAAACAAUAAUUGAUAUACGACAACAAUUCUUAUCACGUUUCUGUAUUGAACCAGGUUUCAAUAUUGCAUUAGAUAAAGCUUGUUCUAAAUUUAUAAAUAACAAUGAUGUAAAAACAAAAUCAGUUGAACUAUUAGUUCGAUAUUAUGAUAAACUUUUAAAGGAAGGGUAUUCUUCAGGAAAACUUCGAUCAUGCAUGGGUACUAUUUAA